GGUUUCUACUCGGCGCAAACAGAUCAUUCGCAUUUGACCCAGUUUCUGACUUCCACGAACGCAGCUCUCUCUUUUCGCUUCAGAUCGGCAACGGUAGCUAGCAGGCUGUAGAAACCAAGAAAACGGUCCAACCAGAUCCGAGAGAUAAGAGGGGGGAAAUGGACAUGAAAAAGAGAAUUCACCUAGAACUGAGAAAUAGGACGCCGUCGGAGGUUCAGGAGCUUGUCCUCGAUAACUGUCGGUCGAACGAGGGGAAAAUGGAGGGCAUAACGGAGGAGUUUGAGAACCUGGAACUGUUGAGUCUCAUCAACGUCGGCCUCAUCAACGUCUCAAACAUACCCAAACUGGGGAAAUUAAAAAAGUUGGAGCUGAGUGACAACAGGAUAUCUGGUGGUUUGGAGGUGCUGGCUGAGAGGCUGGUCAACCUCACACACCUCAACCUCUCUGGGAACAAGUUCAAGGACAUCAGCACACUGGAACCACUGAAAAAGCUUCCCAUACUGAAGUCCCUGGACUUGUUUAACUGUGAGGUCACCAACCUGGGAGACUACAGAGAGAGCAUCUUCAAGCUCCUCCCGCAGCUCACGUACCUGGAUGGCUACGAUAUCGAAGACUGCGAAGCCUCCGACUCGGACGGCGAGGGAGACGGGGUCGAGGAUGAAGAUGACGAAGAAGGGGAGGAGGGAGAGUCUGAAGAGGAGGAGGAUGAAGAGGAGGAUGACGAAGAGGUCGUUGCAGAGGAAGAUGAUGACAGUGGGGAGAGUGGAGAGGAUGGGGAGGUGAACGGAGAUGUUGACGACGACGAUGACGAAGACGACGAUGACGAAGAAGAUGAAGAAGACGAAGAGGAUGACUCUCCAGUGAAAGGAGAGAAGAGGAAGAGGGAGCCUGAAGAUGAGGAUGAAGAGGAUUGAAUGUGUCUCCCCCGACCCCCACACCCCUCAAUAUCUGACCCCCACACCCCUCUAUCUGAGACUUCCUGAUCCCUCAAUAUCUGAGACCGCUCCAUAUCUCAGAUACCCCUCUUUGGCCUUUAGUUGCCCUCUUACUGCCGCUAUCACCCCCCCAAACCCUCCAGCCAACCUAGUGGCACCCUAUUCCCUAUAGAGUGCACUACUUUUGACCCGAGCCCAUAGCCUUGAAAAAGCCUAUAGGGUCACAAGUAGUGCACUCUAUAGGGAAUAGGGAAGCUCUUUGGUAUUCAACCCUACAUGCACCCCUUUGCUUGAGUUGCCCUGUGUCGUAGUUAUUGGGGAGGGGGGGGGGGGGGUCCCGAAACAACCGAGUCUUUCGUCACCGCACAGCAUUCUGUGACAUCGCCGGGCGGGAGGGUCUCUGUCUGACGUCGUCGUGAUAUUACCGGGCGGGAGGGUCUCUGUCUGACGUCGUCGUGACAUCACUGGGCGGGAGGGUCUCUGUCUGACGUCGUCGUGACAUCACUGGGCGGGAGGGUCUCUGUCUGACGUCGUCGUGACAUCACUGGGCGGGAGGGUCUCUGUCUGAUGUCGUCGUGACAUCACUGGGCGGGAGGGUCUCUGUCUGAUGUCGUCGUGACAUCACUGGGCGGGAGGGUCUCUGUCUGACGUCGUCGUGAUAUUACCGCCGGCGUUCCAGAUCAGAACGAUGUCACCAGCUGGGGGGGGGGGGGGUCUGUGAUGACGUCAUCAACUACUUCAGAGAUUCUGUCUGAAAACUUGUCUGCACAGACGAACAACAAACCACCCAACUUUCCUAACGGGGACAAGUCGGCGACCUCGGAUGUGUCCCAAAUUAAUCGCUGUUUAGUGCACUGCUUUUGACAAGGGCCCUUUUUUUUGUUCUUAAAAAUAAAGAAGCUCAGUUCUAAAGUAGUGCACUACUUAGGGAAUGGGGUUGCCAUAGAGGCCUGGUCUAAAGUAGUGCACUACUUAGGGAAUGGGGUUGCCAUAGGGGCCUGGUCUAAAGUAGUGCACUACUUAGGGAAUGGGGUUGCCAUAGGGGCCUGGUCUAAAGUAGUGCACUACUUAAGGAAUGGGGUUGCCAUAGGGGCCUGGUCUAAAGUAGUGCACUACUUAAGGAAUGGGGUUGCUAUAGGGGCCUGGUCUAAAGUAGUGCACUACUUAAGGAAUGGGGUUGCCAUAGGGGCCUGGUCUAAAGUAGUGCACUACUUAGGGAAUGGGGUUGCUAUAGGGGCCUGGUCUAAAGUAGUGCACUACUUAGGGAAUGGGGUUGCCAUAGGGUCCUGGUCUAAAGUAGUGCACUACUUAGGGAAUGGGGUUGCUAUAGGGGCCUGGUCUAAAGUAGUGCACUACUUAGGGAAUGGGGUUGCCAUAGGGGCCUGGUCUAAAGUAGUGCACUACUUAGGGAAUGGGGUUGCCACGGGGGCCUGGUCUAAAGUAGUGCACUACUUAGGGAAUGGGGUUGCCACGGGGGCCUGGUCUAAAGUAGUGCACUACUUAGGGAAUGGGGUUGCCACGGGGGCCUGGUCUAAAGUAGUGCACUACUUAGGGAAUGGGGUUGCCACGGGGGCCUGGUCUACAUACUGAAUGGGGUUUCUUGUGAGACAUUAGCUAGAGUUUCGUUUCUGCCACCAGAGCUUUUUAAAAUAUUUUUUUCAGAGGACUUUUUGUUUUGUAAUUUGUCAGUGCUGUCUGUCUCUCCUCCCUGUGUUUCGGGUUAGGAUUGGACCGGAGGUAACAUCCCUCUGGCUUACGUCUCAGAUCACACCCUAAUCUUUAGGGUGCACUACAUAGGGAAUGGGGUUGCCAUAGGGUCCUGGUCUAAAGUAGUGCACUACUUAGGGAGUAGGGUGUAAUUGGGGACGUUCUGUGUACACUGGCUGGUUGUGGCUGUUUUUUUUUUACUUUCUGUAAGCAAAAAAACACAAAAAAAGACAAAACAUACAAAAAUUGACUUUGUAAAUAAAAUCUUAACAUUUUG